UAUUCAGUCUAUAACGUGCCGACAAAUCGUGCGCUCCCUCCGCAGCCAUAGUAAAUAUUGGAUAUUAUUUUUAUUUUGUCUUGAAUCGUGCAUUAAAUAACACCACUGUGCACGUCGUAGUAGAUAUUAGGGAUACACAUAUGUCUGCGAUAUUGCUCGUUUGCGCGUCGCUUCGUAAUCAUGUUUUUUGAUCAUAUGUCUUAUUUUUUCAUUAUUUUGUAUUUACGUUGAAAUAUUUGGACUUGCUUUGCAAUACAGUGCGUGUGAUCUUUUAUAUAUUUUUUCAAAGAUCUGUCUAGACAUUGUUAGUGACGCUCGAGCGAUGACUCCACACAGUGGCGAGGGCACUGAGCGGCCGCUCGUCGUGGUGCUGGAUGGCGGGUUCUCAACACAGCUGUCUUGUCACGUAGGCCACGUAAUCGACGGCGAUCCACUAUGGAGCGCUCGAUUUCUUCACACUCACCCAAACGAAGUUGUCAACACCCAUCUUGAUUUCUUGAGAGCGGGGGCCGAUUUGAUAAUAACGAACACAUACCAGGCGUCGACAGAAGGUUUUGCAGAACAUCUUGGAGUAACGCGAGAACAGGGCUACGAACUUAUAAUUCGUGCAGUGGAGCUCGCUAAACGUGCAAGAUCCUUGUACUUAGAAGAAUACCAAAAUUAUAUCGAGAAUGAUAACGUUCCACUAGUGGUCGGUUCUGUCGGCCCCUUUGGGGCACACUUACAUGACGGAUCUGAAUAUGAUGGGAGCUACGCGGAUACUACAUCGGUUGAGACUAUGCGAGAGUGGCAUCGGCCACGUAUUCAAGCUCUUGUAGAAGCGGGCGUAGACCUCUUAGCGCUGGAGACGAUACCUUGUCAAGAAGAAGCUGAGAUGUUGUGUGAUCUUCUCCGCGAGUUCCCGGGCAUGAAGGCAUGGCUGGCAUUUAGUUGUAAAGAUAAUCAGAGUAUAGCCCAUGGAGAGAGUUUUCAAAAAGUGGCCAAGAAGUGUUGGGAGUCUAACCCUGACCAGUUGGUUGCUGUGGGAGUUAAUUGCUGCGCUCCUUCAUUCGUAUCAGAUCUACUGAGAGGAUUCAAUGAUGAUCGACCUCACGCGCCCAUACCGCUCAUCGUGUAUCCGAAUUCCGGGGAAAAAUACAACCCUCAAAUAGGAUGGAUAGACCGCGAUAAGUGUGAACCAGUGGAAAUGUUUAUACAAGAAUGGUUAGACCUCGGAGUCCGUUACGUCGGUGGAUGCUGCCGUACCUACGCCUCUGAUGUGUCGCGUAUCCGCAAUCAGGUUUGCUGUUGGCGCGACAAAUAUACCUUCAACGCAAAGUACGAAGCAAACAAAUCAACGCAAAACCAUCAGACGGAUACAAGAUCGGAUUUAAAUAAGAUUACACCUUAGGACUGUUUAAAUAGCAUCCUUUUUUUUAAGUUAGGUUGUAAAUAAGUCAAUACCUACGAGUGUUUUGAAUAAGUACGAUUCUAAAGACCUGUUUCACAAGUUAAAAGAAAAUUUAAUUUAAUUAUCGUAUUAGAGUUAAUGCAGAUACUAGAUAGUACUCAUUUUAUUAACAUUUAUUUAAAAGAAUAGACUCUAACCAUUGUAUUUUGUCAGCUUAUACCUACAUUAUUUAACGAAUAGCAUUUAUUCAGAAGUUGUGAAACCGACCGUAAGAAACAGUGUGAAACAGACAGACAGACCGGUGUAAACUCAUAUUUAGAGGUAAAUGCAAUUGAUAUCGAAUAUUAAUUAGGUGCUUUUUUUUAAAUUGCGGAGCGAAAUCAGUUGUGGUAGAUUUUCUUAAGAAAUCGUCGCAACAAAAGAAUACAUAUAUUUACUAAAUAGUAGCUAUCUAUUCUAGAUCUAUAUGGCAUAGAAAUAAAUUAUGUUUUAUUUCUCGUUAAUACUUAUGUAUGUUAUGGUAUACGAAAAUUUCAUAUAUCUAAGUGAUAAGGAAUAUAAAGGAACUAAACUAUAAUAUAAACCAAAGAUAAACGACAACUAUUCAUAUAAGUGUUUACCGACAAAAACAAUUUGCAUAGGUAUCUCAAUUAUAUUAUGUGUAAGUGUAAAAAAUAAAUACUAUUUCCGCAUUAA